CUACCCACGAUAGAAUCUUCGUUUCUCACCCACAGUCACUCUUUGAUCGUCAGAUUCGUGCACUUCACUUUGCACUCUGCUCAGCACUCCAAGUCCUUUGAGUAGCUUGCUAUUUUAUUGUUUAAUACCCAACCUUAGUCAUUCUUUAAUAGUCACCCAUCGAAAAUGAAGUCCAUCUCCAUUCUCUCCCUUGCGACGGCUGCUGCUGCUGACUAUGGCUAUGGCGUUUCAACGACCUCAUCCGAGCUCGGCUAUACCACUGUCUAUCCCGGACACGGCAAAGAACCAGUCACUGUUACAGCUCAGUAUCAGCCUGUCCCGACCUACGUCGACGGCGAAUGGUCGCAAUACGAGGCUAUCUCAACCGUGAUCACUGAUGGCUAUGGCAAGGAGAUCACUGUCACUGCAACCAACCAGUACGUGACUGUGUACGAAACGAAGAAUACCAUCACUCACACUGUCACUGCUACGCCUGAAGGCUAUGCUCGCCCAACUGGCUAUUACGGAGGUUCGGGUGCACCCCACACUAAUAAGACAUGGUAUGAGCUCUACGAGGAGAUCCACGAGAUUUCCUACGACCACAUGGGGCCACAUGCGAUCCCUGGAUAUCCCGGAAACCCAAAAUACACAGGCAACAAGGAUGAGCAGGGUGUGACAAUCAAGAAGUACUCUGGUGGAAAAUGGUCUACUUAUGCGCACACCUUUACCUACGGUGCACCCAAGCCAUUGGUGACCACCUUCGAUGCCCCUGGCAUCUACACUGUGCCUGCCAACGACAUCACUGUCGCGACCCCUACUAUUGUCACUGCUGAGCAGACCUACCACGCUGUGGCUAACAAGCCCAUCACCUAUGGUGGCCACAUCACCGAAGUCACCAAGCCAACCACCAUCGCCGCUGUGUACAUCGAAUACGAGACUGUCGGUGCCGUAACCCAGACUGUCGUCCACAGCACGACGGUGACAUGCUCUACAGCCGGAACAUAUACCGUCGUCAAGCCCACUACAACUGUCUAUGACCACGACACCACGGUUACUUAUCCCUCUGUUACGCAGUACGAGGCUGGUGUCUAUCACCACCCUGCUGAGACCGUUACCGUCACCGAGGCUCACCAGCCGUAUACUUGCAGCUUCGAGCAGACCUCCACUUAUCCUGUUGCUACCCCUGCUGCCGUCUACAGCACGGCUCCCAGCUACAGCACAGAGGACGCUACCAGCACGACACCUUAUGCCGCCGACCCGUCUUCAGAUUACGAUGAGCCUCUUGAGAGUUACGGACACGCAUCUGCUGGUUAUGUUAAGCGCGGUGGUGUUCUUCAGCGUCGCACGGCGGCGUCUGCCCCUGCUAAGGCACCUGCUAAGUUCGCCAUCCUCGUUUAAGCGUACACCCUUACGUAUGUGGAGGAUGUACCUCACUGGCACUGAUCAGUUCCGGUGGGCUGGUGGAGAAGCUACUUCUAUUCUUUUUCUCCUAUUCUUUAGCCGCAAUGUCUUUUUUGAAGUUUGCGCGCCUAUGAUGUUAAUAUGUCUUAUAUCUUCCAGCUAUCAAUCAAAAAUUACAACUGAUACAUUUGGUCACUAGCGAACCCGCAGCGAAAAUUGGUAUUAAUCACAGCCUCUAUCUGAUUAACUUGAAUGCUCUCGUCCGUAUUGGGCUUUAGGCACAGUGAAUAACAGGCCAUUAAUUGAUUUCAAUCCCAUUCCGUG